GCCCUUUAGAAUUUGUAACAUGGCCGUCGGAGGGAGCGGAGUACAAGGUUUUGGGGACAGAUACACGGCAUUAGUUCAGCUGACGGACGAUGCAGCGCUUUAUUCAUAAUGUAACUACUCUGUUCUGUUAGUGUUAUCAGCCCAGAAGAAUAAAUCUGGUUCAUUAUAAAGCGCUGUAGUGGAAGCAGAAGUGGAAGCAGCAGCUGUUGCGUGCACCCUGUCUCUCAGAGAGAGGUGUCUGUUUCUCCUCUCACACUGGCAGUACUGUUAGGAUUAGCGUUUGGGGGCCGGCGGACGUGUUUACCUGCGGCAGGACGGGACUCGGCCCUGACGACUGGCGCCGCGUCUCCUCGCGGAGCAUGGUGAGAGAGCACGGGUCACCAUGGAGCUCCACGAUAAGAUGCAGGAGGAAGGAGUGACUCCAUUAGGUCUAAGCACAGCCCAGGCUUUAGGAACACUCCGGGAUCAGCUCUCCAGUCUACUGGAGCAGCAUCAGAAGCUCAGCCAGCGUCGAUCCACCAUCAAGGAGCUGUGGGCAAAGAGUUUCCUCCACCAUAAUGACCGUCACUCCUGCUUCCACUGGCCUGGAGCUGCGUUCACGCUGCUUGUAGUGUUGGGUUUGCUGUGUUGCCAUGGCAAGCAGCCAAAGGGCAGUGAAGGCAUAGAACUGGUGAAUGCAGGAGCUCUCUUCCUCCUGCUGCUGCUUAACCUCAUCCUUAUUGGACGUCAGCAGAGACUGAAGAAGAGCGAGAUGCUUCGACGACUGAAAUCCAUCAUUUCGGAUCUAAACAAUCACUUGGAAGGGAGAGGAGGACAGCCAGUCAGAUGGGCCUCAUCUCGAUACCCUGACCUAUACACACCAUCCUCGCCAUCCUGGUCUCUGCACUGGACAUACCGUGAUGAGCAGUUGGUUAAUCUGCCCGUCAGUCUGUUGGUGGAAGGUGAUAUCAUUGCCCUCAGGCCAGGGCAGGAAGCAUUUGUCUCUCUUCGAGGCAUUAAGGAUGAUGAACACAUUGUCCUGGAGCCCGGAGACCUCUUUCCACCAUUCUCCCCUCCUCCCUCACCUCAAGGAAAUAAUAGAAAGGGACCGCACAGCCCCCAGCAUCACCGCCUCUUCAGGGUGGUGCGCACACCCAUUCUUGACAAUAUCAGGAACAGUCUUGAUCUCGCUCUUUCUCGACCAGUCACAGCUCUUGAUAAUGAACGCUUCACGGUGCAGUCCAUUAUUGCGAAGUUUGCCUGCCCUGCUGUGCUGGUGGCGUUUUUUACUGUGAAUACAAUCCGCUAUUUUUGCGGCACUCCCGGUCUGACGCCAGGGCAAUUCAACUUCUUUCAGCUACAGAUGAUGGGAGUGCUGCCCAUUCUACCUCUGCUGUUUCCUGUCAUGUGGGUCCUGGUCAUUGCUUAUGGAGAGGCGCGAGUGUUGGCAGAGUUCAGCCGCAACUCCCCAACUGGCCUGCUGGCUAAGUUCUCUGAGGACACUCUAAGCAGCUACACGGAAGUGGUGUCCUCCCAGGAGAUGCUGCGCUGUGUGUGGAGACACUUGGUAAGUGUUCUGAAAGGAGAGUCUCAGACGUUGUGUUUUACCUCAAGCCUGCUGCGCAACCUGGGAUCAGUCACAGUACUAUGCUGUGUGGAUAAGCAGGGUGUACUUUCCUGGCCCAACCCUAGUCCAGAGACAGUCCUGUUCUUCAGCGGGCGCGUUGAGCCGCCCCAUGACAGCCAGGACAACCUCAGGGACGACAUGUCCGUUAACUCUUUGUGUCGUACUGAAGGAGAAGAUGACAGAGAUGAGGCUCAGGAAGGUGAGGCUCUCCUCAACAUACAUUCCCUGGAACCUGUCCUACAUCUAGUUAAUGAGCAGGAGUCCAGUGAGGUAUCGCACGAUACUGUCCGCUCCUGUGAUGCGCACCGCACACGCCGAGGUCCUCAGACCACACGCUCUAAACACCCAUCUGGCUCCAACGUCAGCUUCAGCCAUGACACAGAGGGGGGAGAGGAGUCAAGCGGUCAGCUGUGUGUUGUCGGUGAUGAUCUGUGUGAGGCAGAGGACUUUGUGUGUGAUUAUCAUCUGGAGAUGCUGAGCCUGUCUCAGGACCAGCAGAACCCUGUCAGUAUUCAGUUUGAUGACUCGGGCUGGCAGGGCCACCUGUCCUCUCUGAAGCCUCUGGGACUGAACAUCAUGCUGAACUUGUGCAACGCUCCAGUCACGCAGCAACUCUGCCGCUUCUCAGACCACCUCUCCAACUUGGCGCUGCAGGAGAGUCAUGGUGCUGUGCUUCCUGUACACGUUCCCUGGGGCCUCUGCGAGCUUUCUCGCCUCAUAGGUUUUACACCCGGAGCACGAGAACUCUUUAACCAGGAGAACCAUUUGGCUUUGUACCAGCUGCCUAAUGGAGACAAGGUCAGUGAGUCGUGCACACGCCGUGUCCACCAUGUCACCAAACGCCAACCACCUAUUAGUCAUCUGAUCAGCCUGCUAGUGCGAGACAGCACAACCAACAACGUACAGAUGCUCUCCCACGGCUCAGCUGACCUCAUCCUAGAGGCCUGCACUGAUUUCUGGGACGGCACAGACAUCUACCCGCUCUCUGGUUCUGACAGGAAGAAGGUUCUGGAUUUCUACCAGCGUGCAUGCCUGUCAGGUUAUUGUUCUGCAUUUGCGUAUAAGCCCAUGCAGGUGGCACUGUCAUGUCAGCUAAAUGGGAAGUGUGUCGAGCUGGCACCCGGCCCAGCACUCUUCUCCGGAGUGGAGCUGCCCAGCACCACGCCCAUCAAACACAGCGGCCGCCGCAACAGCUGGAGCUCAGAUGAGGGUAUAGGAGAGGGCUUGGAGAAGGAGGACUGUGUUCAGGCCUUGAGCGGGCAGAUAUUCAUGGGCAUGGUGUCGUCCCAGUUCCAGGCCCGCUUGGACACUGUGCGGCUCAUUGAGAACCUGGUGGGAGCCUGCAUCCGAUUUGUCUACUUCUCCAGGGAGGAUGAGCUGCGCAGCAAGGUGUUUGCAGAGAAGAUGGGUUUGGAAACAGGCUGGAACUGUCACAUCUCUCUUACCCCUAAUGGAGAUGGUCAUGGUGAUGGAGCUCCCUCUAGCCCUAGCCAGGCAGGCUCUCUACAUGAUGAUCUACUACCUGAUUCCCGGGAUGAUGCUGAGGGCCCGUUACUUGCUGAGGAUGAAGGUCAGUCGGAUCUUGCUAGCUUUCAGGCGACAGAGAGCGACGUGCCCAGCUUUCUCGCCGACGGCAAUAGAGCAAAGUUGCCUCGUGGCAUCCAUCAGGUCCGCCCUCACUUGAAGAACAUUGACAAUGUGCCACUGCUCGUGCCCCUGUUCACUGACUGCACUCCUGAAACCAUGUGUGAGAUGAUGAAGAUCAUGCAGGAGAACAGAGAGGUGACGUGCUGUUUAGGAAGCUCGGCUAACUUCCGGAACAGCUGCCUGUUCAUACAGAGUGACCUCAGUAUCUCUCUGGACCCACUGUACCCAUCUCGCUGCUCUUGGGAGACGUUUGGCUACGCGUCUGGCAGUGUUGUGAACGAGGAGACAGAGGAACUGACCCCGCUUCGACUUAGCGCUCGCCUCAACAGCCUGAGCUGCUCCGUCUCCUUACACCAGGGUGAAAGCUUCAGCCUGGUCAAGCUUAUAGAGCAGGCCAGACACACCACAUAUGGUAUUCGCAAGUGUUUCCUCUUCCUGCUACAGUGCCAGCUCACACUGGUCAUCAUUCAGUUCUUGGCUUGUCUGACUCAGCUUCCACCUCCACUAAAUAUAACAGACAUUCUGUGGCUCUCCUGCUUCUGUUACCCACUGCUGAGUGUGUCUUUCUUGGGGAAGCCUCCAGACAGCUUGGUGAUGACUGUGGCUACUGGGAAAAAUCUGGAUGACAUCCCGCGCAAGACUCAACAUUACUUCCUGGGUUGGUUCCUGCUCAAGUUUGGUUUGACCGUGUGUGUUUACCUGCUGGGAUUCGGAUAUUCCCUGCAGGCAGUGUUAGUUAAAGCUGCUAAUGACACCAGUGUGAACUGUACCCACAUCUUCACUGCUUGCUCAUCUGAAAAGUGGUUUCAUGAGUUAGCUAAUGGUCUGCUGCUUAUCCAGAAAGUCAUGGCAGGCUUCCUGGCUCUGCAUACUGUGGUUAUUUCUCUCAGCUAUGUGCAUCGUUCUCAGCCACUGUGGAGGAAGAAUCCUUUCAGUAACACAUGGUGGUGUCUCACUGUGCCUCUAGUGCUGUUGGGUCAGGUGGUGCAGGCUAUAAUAGAUUAUAAUUUAUGGCAAGACAGAAGUAAAAUUUCGAAUGGUAAAACCGAUCUGGACUUUACAUUAAGUCUUGUACCCAUGGAGGUGUGGCUGCCGGUGUCGCUGUCCACUGUGCUGGUGGUGCUGAUCAACGAGGCUGUUAAACUGCACGAGAUCAGGGUACGAGUGCGCUACCAGAAGAGGCAGAAGCUCCAAUUUGAGACUAAGCUGGGAAUGAACUCUCCUUUCUGAGCUGCUUUGAACAGAAGUCUUUUUUGCUGUAAGAUCACUGUUCCCAUCGAUGAGCAGUGGAGCAAGAGCAGGAGCUAUAUUUUGUUUUGUUUUUUUGUUUUUUUUGUUCUCAGUGCCUCACUCCAACACUAACACACAAACUCUGAACCAGCAUCGCUUCAAGACACCAGAAUACCAAGACAGCGUCUAUUCUCCAUCACUAGGUUUCAUGUUUAAAUAUUCUUUACCUCUUAUGGUGUGAGUUAUGUUUAUGCAUCCUCUGUUCUCUGUGGUUUGUAUAGUGGUAUAUAAAAGUGGGAGAGUUGAGUACUAUUAGGGUUAGUAAUGUUAAAUGUAAAAAUGACAGGAUUGUUAUAGAUGGACAGUUUGUGUACCUUGUAAUGUAACAGUAUGCUAGAGGAGUGUUUUAAUUCUAAGCUAAAGAAAUAUAAGACUUCAGAUGAUGUUUCUCAGUGGUUACAGGUAAAGUGUAGAAGGCAGAAGGGGCAUGCUGUUUUUAUCUCCUAGUUACUGAACACUUCUCACACACCUCGGCAGUUUCUUCACUCUGUGGAAGAAUUGCCAUGCGUCACCAAAUACUGAACAAUCUUUUCCAUAGAUUUGAAUGUCACUGUCUUUGUACAUCCUUUCAAAUACCUCAUGUCUAAUCUUUGCCACAGAGAUAGUUUUGCACUCACGCCUACUCUAAUGAGUUUAUUCAAAUCAUAGAAGGCGUGCUAAUCAAACCACACCACAAGAACAGAACUGCUUUUAACAAAUCCUAUAACUUGAUAUGUAUCAGCCAAAAUAAGAGCCAAAUGUUUUUUGCUCUAUCAUAGAUCCUUUGAUCAGAUGGAUCACUAUAUCAGAUCAAUUCUGUAAACGUCUAAACUUCAUUUCAUUUGAUUCCACAGAGAGCUGUCUUACAGUCUUAUCAUAGCUUAUCCUGGUGUGAUUGAGUUUCUGGCUGUUCUACCUCUUGCUGAUUGCCUCAAUAACAUUCUACAUCCUCAGUGGCUCAGUGGUCAAGGUAACGGCUUUGAGCUAGUGAUCAGAAGGCUGUGCAGAAGAUCAAAUCUGAGGCUCUCCACAGAACCGCUGCUGGGUUUCUUGAACAAGGUUCUGAAUUCUUUAAUGAAAGUCCUGUUAUGUAAACGCAUCUGCCAAAUGAAUAAAUGUUUAAAUCUUACAGGGGGUUUUACUGAUCAAUACGUGAUGAGCAAUAUGCUUUAUUUAAAAUGACCAGCAUUUCUCCUUCCUUAGAUGUUCUUAAUGUUCUGUUUAAGGCCAAGCAAAAAAAAAAAAAAAAACCUCACUGUGGCUUUAAAACAGUGUGGCCAUUAAAACAUUGCCUGUAUGACUUCCUUCCAUCUUACCCCAUUUUGCAUCCAUGUACUUUUAAUCUUUCAUGUACUUCUCGCUGUGAUCUCCAUGCCAUAGGAGCUCUUCAUGCC